GGACAGCGAACGCGUGCGGUACUCAUAUCGCAACGAGUCGUGUGACUUUAGAGCUAAAUCAAAAAGUUUAGUGUUUCAGUGACGGUUUGCUAAGUGUCUGCCACGCCACGACAGGCGUUGCUUGGAAAAGUUUAUUUUUUCAGCCGACAACUUGCCUUUUGGCAUGACAAAGUAAACAACAAAAAUAACAAGGAAUAAAUUUGAAAAAGUGUUACGAAAAAAUCUUGGUGUCCAACUAAAAGUUAAAAAAAGUAAAGUUGACUUUGUGCCAAAAAUUAUAUGCUGUGUCCUUCUAUUCAACUGUGCUGCUUGCGCUAACCAACUAUUUAAAGAUCGCACAAAAUGUCACUGCAUAGUGUUGCAACGCUCCAGUCUUGGUUGGUCAUCCUUUUGGGAUUAAGCCACUUUGGCACGCCAAUUGAUGCACGUGCGGUCAAUGUUAGCAACACUUGGACUAUGCCACAAGAGGGACUUAAUGUCUUCUAUCGCUUCUUUCGCGAUCGAAUAUCUUGGUUUGAGGCAGAUGCUGUAUGCCAAUUUCAUCAUGCCAAUCUAGUGACAGUUGACAAUAGCUUCCAAUUUGAUGCAACGAGAGAUCUUUUGCGAGAACUGGACGUCAAUGAUAUUGUUUGGAUAGGUCUGAUGCGACCGCAGAGCUCGGAACGUUUUAUGUGGUCCAACUCCCGCCCACUGGUCACCGACACUGGCUACUGGGCCGAAUCGUUGCCACUAAUGGAUGCACCACUCUGCGCCGUCAUCGAUCCCAUACGCGAUUAUCGCUGGCAUGCGUUGCGCUGCGGCGGCCCCGAGACCGCAUCGUUCCUCUGCGAAAUGCCGGUGCCUUCCUGGGCUGAUGCUUGCAUACUUAAGGAUAUGCCUAAUCUAACUAUGCAAUAUAUGGCCGAUACAGCGAGCAUUGAGUUGAUACGAAAUUGCGCAGAGGAGGGUCUAUUAAAGCAGUCUUGCAAAGGAAAGCUGGAUCGUGAUCGUGCACUGCGUGAACUGAUCUGCCCACGUGAGCGACUUGAAGCACAACGUAUCAAUGAUAUAACAAACUCCCACUUCAAAUCUCUUCAAAUUAUCAACAGCAUUCGCACAGACAAUAAUGAGAACAACGACAUUGAGUUGCUGCCACUUGGUGAAACCACCUACGGUUCGGGCAGCAGCAGCGACGUCUCUGAGCAGGUGCCAACGGAAAAGAAUACCGUGCAGCGACUCAUCGAACAAUUCAAUGUGGAUGAGCUUAUGCAAGCCGACGAAGGCACAAUGCCCAUGAGUAGCUACCACAUACCAGGCGAGAUCCCUAAACCAGUGAAGAAGGCGUCUAAGAAGGUGAUCGUAACCAAUAGUGGCGAUUAUCAGAAAAAGUACCGUGGACAAAAAUACGAUGAGAGCAUUCAGCUUCCGCCACCAACGCCGAAGCCAAAGAAGCAACAGCAGUUGCUGGCUUUGGAAGACAUGAUGAUGGGCGAUCAGCCACAGCAAAGCGGUGAACCGGAAAUGAUAGAACACAUUGGCAUCGAAGAAGACGAAGUUUCUAAUGAGAUAACUGAAUCAUUACCGCAUAAGAAAAAAGUACUGCCACAGGACUUAAAAACAAUGGCACCCAUUACAGAGAAGUCUUCGGAGGAGAUGGUUAGUGAAGAAAAGCAAGCUCAUCAUUUCAAGGAAGAGAUGGAAAAGAGAUUAGUAUUUGACACAACUAUAGCAGCUUCCAGUACAGCAGGUAGCACUACUACUGUGCCAGCAACAACCACUACUACAACUACAACUACAACAACUACCACCACAGCAGCUGCAACGACAACCACUGCCCCCAGUAGCACUGUGAGCACAUCCACGACUACUCACAAACCGAAUGAAAACCAAGCUACAAUAACAACAGAGCAGGCUGUUCUCAUUUCAAAGAGUGAUGCAUCGCCUAGCACUAUUAGAUCUUCGGAAACCGGCCCGAACCUUAUAGUCCAUACCUCAACAGCCACUCCUACGCAUCCAACCGACUUAGAUGCGCACGCCUUCACCAGUAGCACGCUCGCUCCCCACACAUCGCACACUGAAUCACCUGCAACCAUAGGUCAUCCUAUUCACCCACAGCAACAGCAAGCACACGGGAUCAUUAUUUCCGACGAAUCGCAACAUUCACACAUGAAAGAAUCAGCAGACAAUUCACACUUUAUUCCACCAAUGUUGAUGGUGAAGUCACAUUAUGUACCACCGCUGAAGCAUAGUGACCAUCCAAGUGGGGAACAUUAUGGCACCGGAAUGCAUGAGGGAGCGGCGCCUGCUCACCCUGGUCAUGGAGAUUUUCGAGGAAAGCCCAGUGAAGACACGUCUCAUCACAGCACCGUGAUCAGCCAUGUUCCCGCUGAGCCAGCAACCCAUCACAUAGCAAAAGCUGAUGUAGCUGGCAUUGAAGCGAAGACCACAAUAACAGUGACGACCACAAUGGCGACAUUAAAAUCAGAAACAACAACAGCAGCCUCAGAGGGAACAUCAGCUCAUGGUGACGAGUUGACAAAGGAAACAACCGAUAAAUCGGCAGCACUGGCACAAGAACACAAGCAGCAACACUCAAAUGCCAAGUUAAUUGACAGCACCGCUGCAACAGCAAAUCAAAAGCAGCAACAGAGCGGUAAACAAUCUGGUACCAAAGCUCAUUCGCAAGUAGCAAGUGAGAAAAUUGAAAAUGUCGAAGAUAUUGUAGCAGAAACAACAACAACAACAGAUGCACCUACAACAACAACGCAAUCGGCAACGAGCGCUUCCGCUGCUAACAAGCAUAUUUCAACGGCAACACCAACCACCACGACGACAGCAACAACAGCAACUACAAGAAGGACGACAGCAACAUCAACAGCAUCGACAACCACAAUGAAAUCCGCUGACGUCAGCUUGACACAUGAAAUUGAGAAGCCAGUUAAGCGAGAACCGCAGACAAAGGCAGUUGAAGAGCUAACAAAAGAAACGUCAGGGAAGGCAUCUAAUACAGCAGCGGAAGUGUCAGCCACCAUCAUCACAACAACAGUAACGGCGAAGACAGAUAAGUUGCAAGCAAUAAAAGUCGCCGACUCAAAUCGCAAGCUGGAGGUUGAAGAAGCAACUGCAAAGUCACCAGCAGCCGCAGUAGUAGAAUUGGCGCCACAAAAUGCAACCCCGACAACUGGCGCGCCAUCAGCACCAACCUUGGCUACAGUCACAACAACUACUGCUUCCAUUGCUGCUUCCGCUUCCGCUGUAACCGCCACAACAUCCACACAUACAAUAACAACAACAAGAGUAUGUAAUAGUAACACAGAUAUGGACUUGUCGAGUUCUGAGGAAAGCUCUGCAGCAAUUGAAGAUACCGAAGGCAAUAAGAAGCUGACGCGUACACAUCGCACUUGUCAGCCGCGCAUCGAGAAGAACAGCAGCAGCAGCAGCAGCGGCAAGCAUACGAAGCAUCAUGCCACAACCGCCGAACCACCAACGCCGACACGCAAUUUCUUGAAGGAAGCAACAGAUACGCCGCUCUACAAACCAAAUCGCCAUCGGGUGCUGACCCAGCCGGAAACUGUCAGCUAUUUUAAGAAAAUAUUAGGUUAAGCCGAACAAGGUGAGCAAGACGUGAUGGAAAGAAGGUGAGUUCGACAGAGAGAUAUGCGUGUGGACGCCUAAGGGUGAAU